AUGUUUGUGUCUCUACUAAUAUUCAGCUUGUCUCUCCUCGGUGCACCCUUCUCCAGCCUUGCACAAAACGUGACGCCUCUGAGCGAGCUUCAGUGGACCUUGACCAAUCCUAAUCAUAGCAUAUCCGUUCCCGGGCAUGUGCCUUCUCAAGCACACCUCGACCUGCACGAUGCCCAAGUCAUCAGCGAUCCUUAUUAUGGAUUGAACGAUUUUAAUCUGAGGUGGGUUGCAGAGACGAACUGGACCUAUACUGCCAGCCUGGCUUCUCUUAACCUUUCCUCGAAUGCUACUACCUGGCUUGUGUUCAAUGGUCUUGAUACUUUCAGCACAAUCUCGGUGUGUAACCAGCAGAUCGCAAGCACGGACAAUCAGUUCCGACAAUACUACUUCGACGUUACCAAGGCACUCACUGGCUGCAACUCUCCCACAAUCACUAUCAACUUCGGUUCGGCCCCAAAUAUCGCAGAUGCGUUGGCAGAUACAUCUCUCAAUGAGCCUUGGAAGGCUUCUCAGUUGAAUUACGAGUUUCCAAAUCGAUGGCUCAUCAGAAAGGAACAAUCGGAUUUCGGAUGGGACUGGGGUCCAGCGUUCGCCCCAGCAGGUGUUUGGCAACCGGCAUACAUCGUUCAAUUAAGUAAUAAUCAUUUAUACGUCCGGAAUACGCUACUAGAUAUCUACCGACAAGGCCAGCUCAACAACUUGCCUCCCGACCAAACCAAGCCAUGGGUCGUCAACGCCUCGUUGGACGUCCUGGGCACUAUACCGCAACAUGCCGAGCUUCGUAUUGAGAUCAAGGAUGCCAGCAACAAAACAGUCACCAGCAGUGUUGCCAAGAAUGUCACCAUAUCUGGAGGAGCAAUCUCCGGCAGUAUCGUUGUUGAAGACAGUGCUGUCAAACUUUGGUGGCCCAAUGGUCUCGGUCAACAAAAUCUCUACUUUGCCACGGUCACCGUGGUAAACUCCGGCGACACAGUUGUGUCGUCUACCAAGCGGACAGCCUUCCGUACAAUUGUACUAAACAUGGAACCUAUCUCGAAGCGUCAACUUGGCCAAGGUAUCAAAAACGGAAACAACUGGCACUUCGAGAUCAAUGGUCAUGAAUUCUACGCCAAGGGGUCCAACUUCAUACCUCCAGAUGCUUUUUGGCCACGGGUCACGACCACCAAAAUUCAGCAAUUAUUUGACUCUGUAACCAAAGGCAAUCAGAACAUGCUUAGGGUCUGGGCUUCGGGCGCAUAUCAACCAGACUUUAUUUACGAUAUCGCAGAUGAGAAGGGUAUUCUUCUGUGGUCGGAAUUUGAGUUUAGUGACUCUCUAUAUCCUGUUGCCCAGAGCUUUCUCGAUAAUGUGCGCGAAGAAGCUAUUUACAACGUCCGUCGGGUCAAUCACCAUCCUUCGUUGGCUUUGUGGGCCGGCGGAAAUGAACUCGAGAACCUUGAAUUGUACCUUGCCGAGUUAUAUGAUCCGGGAAACUAUUCUCGCUGGCAAAAAGAAUACGAAACGCUAUUCUUGAAUGUCCUGCUUCCAGCGGUCUAUGAGAACUCAAGGUCAAUUUCGUAUAUUCCCAGCAGCACAACAAACGGGUACCUGAGUCUGAACCACUCUGCUCCUCAUCCGAUGGUCGAAAGAUACAACAAUGAAACAGAGGGCUAUAUCUACGGAGAUACAGACCAUUAUGACUAUGAUAGUACUGUUGCCUUCAAUCUGUCUUCGUAUCCGGUGGGUCGAUUCGCCAACGAAUUUGGCUUCCAUUCGAUGCCAUCCUUGCAAUCUUGGGAAGAAGCUGUAGCCCCUGAAGAUCUGCACUUCAACUCGACGACGAUUCAGCUACGGAACCACCACUACCCCUCGGGUAGCCUCAACACGACCAACUUCGCCAACAGCACCAAAGGUAUGGGCGAGAUGACCAUCGCCGUGGAAUUGUACUAUCCCACCCCCGACAAGGCCGACCCCCUGGCGAAUUUCUCGUCGUGGUGUCUGGCCACCCAGAUCUUCCAAGCAGACUUCUACCGCUCGCAGAUCGCAUACUACCGACGUGGAUCGGGAAUGCCGGAGCGCCAACUUGGCUCUCUGUACUGGCAACUCGAAGACAUCUGGCAAGCACCCACUUGGGCUGGGAUCGAAUACUCUGGUCGCUGGAAGAUGUUGCACUACAUCGCCAAGGACAUCUACUCUCCCGUCAUUGUCGCUCCGUAUUGGAAUUACACGACGGGAGACUUGACCGCAUACGUGACCAGUGAUCUGUGGGAAAGUGUGAAUGGAACGGUGGACUUGACGUGGUACGACUGGUCGGGCAACGUUUUGUCGAAUGUCACAAACGGCACUUCCAGCAUUCCGUUCACGGUCGGCGCCCUGAACACCACCAAAGUCCUACAAACCAACACGGAGAGUCUCGGCAAGAGUGUUGACCUAUCGAAUGCCGUGCUGAAGAUGAACCUGACGACGACUGGGCACCUUCCGAACGACAAGACGUUGAGCAUCUUUACGCAUGAAUUCUUUUAUCAUCCCAUCCUGUCGCUGGGCAAAGCGAGACUCGUCGAUCCGGGACUAAACUUGAUCGUCAACGGAAACAAUGACACGACAAGCGGUCCGACAUUUACCGUCCGGGCGACCAGCGGCGUGAGUGCGUGGACCUGGUUGGAUUCCCCCAGUGGAGUGGUUGGGAACUUCGACGGCAAUGGCUUCUGGCUCGUUCCGGGCGAGACCAAGACCGUCGGGUUCGACGUCAAGAACGACACGACCGGUGGCGAGUGGGUGAAGAAUGUGACGGUUAGUAGUUUAUGGGACUUUUCUACACCAUGA